AUGUCUUCCAAAUACGUUUUCCCCAGAGCCCUCAAGGAGCUCCGAUUCCACUUUUCUCAGACCGGUGAGGCCUCCGCUCCUCUGAAAACUUUCCUUUCCAGAGCCUACCCCGUCAUUAAGAAGCACAACCCCAGCACUCCUGUUCUGAUUAGAGAAGCCGCUGGUGUCCGACCAACGCUGUAUGCACGAUUCGAAUUUGGUAGAGAAGCCAAGCUCAGCUUGGAGGGUGUUCCUGAGGAGCAGAUUGAGGGCGCCAUUCAGAAGCUGGUCGCCAAUGAGUAG